AUUUACAUUUACAUUUUAUAAGUGUUUGUAAAAUGCAAAAAAGUUCAUAUUCUUGAAUAGGUUUUAUAGUACUUUGAAAUUCGUAAUAGCUUUGAUUUUAAGCUUUAGUUUGAAUUGUUAAUCAGCUAAUAUUAUGUAAUGGUUGGUGAUAUUGACACUGCAUUCAAUUGUAGCAUAUUUCUAUUACACCAAAUUAUAUCAAUUUUUGAAUGACAUAGGAGUUGUAAUAGAAAUAGCAGAAAGUUUAAAUCAUGCAAUAAUAUUCGAAGAAGGACAUUCUCUACCCUAAUCUCAAGGAGAUCAACUAUUUGAAUUUGUAGUGCCCUCGAAUCAAGACUCGUAUUUCUAUCUGAGUCAAGACGAGAGAGAGAGAAGAUAAAUCAUACUUACAGAGCAAAUCAAAUCUGAAGUUUCAAUGAGAAACAGAACCAUUUAUUAUGUGCGAAUCUUCAAUGCCUUGACAAAUCAAAUACUCAUAAUUUGGGCAAUAUGCAUCUAAGCCAAAAUGGAACCCAUUGAUAAUUGCUAUAGAAAUUUGGUCACUUUUUAGGUGAUAUUCCUAGUGAUAUCAGUGUAUCAGUAUUGGGAACUGUACGUGUUAUGCUUAAUAAUUUUGAUAUCAUUACCAUUCAUUCUCUUAAUGUUAUUAUGGAAGAAGUUGAAAUAAUAAAAAUAGAGUUACGAAAAUCAGUAAAUUUUAAAAGAACUUAUAUUAAAUGCAAAAGUGAUUUAUCAAUGUGAAAAUGUAUAAGGUGAUCAGGAAUGUGGAAUUUGCCUAUAAGUUUACUGUAGAAAUGAAGAAUUGUUGGUCCUUCCUUGCAACUAAUAACAUCAUUUUCAUCUGCAUUGCAUAAAGGCUUGGCUAAUUUUAAAUUUUAGUUGCCCAAAAUGCAGAUCAAAGAUUAGUGAUUACAGAACCACUUAAUAAACAAGCAUUUUAUGA